GUUUGUGUCAAACGAAAGGUAACUUCAGAGCCUGAAUCAACAAAGACAACUUUGCUAGGAGUGGCUUCUUUUUAUCCACAUACUAUUUUAUGUGGGCAUCCUGUUCUGGCAGGUGGGCAUAUUUGGUCUUGUGAGGGCAUGUGAUUGGUAGCUUUGCCAAAUAGUCAUCAGGGAAGAUCUGCCCGUUCAUAAUAGAGUUGCCAGGGUGGGUCUCGCCGAUCGCAAAGCUCUUCCUUCCCAGCAGACAUGCAGCAAACACAAGAAAAUCUUUCGUGUUUUCCUUCUUAGUAUGCAACCGGCUACAGAAGAGUGGUAAUUAAGAAGAAUAACACUGAACUCGUCAGCGUGGCAGGAUCAGUCAAUGAAACGGAAUUCAUCAAUGAAACAACCGUGAUGCUCCCUACUGGCACGGAAGUCGAAGGCAUGAACAUCCUCGGCCUGGUGGUCUUUGCCAUCGUCUUUGGGAUCGCCCUGCGGAAGCUCGGGGCCGAAGGGGAGAACCUGAUUAAAUUCUUUAACUCCUUCAACGAAGCCACCAUGAUCCUGGUCUCGUGGAUUAUGUGGUAUGCCCCCUUGGGGAUCAUGUUCCUGGUGGCCGGCAAGAUUGUGGAAAUGGAAGAUGUGGUCCUUCUCUUCACCAGCCUGGGCAAAUACAUCUGCUGCUGCCUGGUGGGCCACGCCAUCCAUGGGCUGCUGGUUCUCCCGGGGAUCUACUUCGUCUUCACCCGCAGGAACCCCUACUGCUUCCUGUGGGGCAUCUUCACUCCCUUGGCCACCGCCUUUGGCACCUCCUCCAGCUCUGCCACAUUGCCCCUGAUGAUGAAGUGUGUUGAGGAGAAGAAUGGAGUGUCCAAGCACAUCAGCCGCUUCAUUCUUCCCAUUGGUGCCACCGUCAACAUGGAUGGGGCGGCCCUCUUCCAAUGUGUGGCCGCUGUCUUCAUUGCCCAGCUCAACAGCAUCUCGCUCAACUUCAUCCAAGUCAUCACGAUCCUCAUCACCGCGACAGCGUCGAGUGUCGGAGCAGCUGGGAUUCCCGCAGGAGGCGUCCUCACCCUGGCCAUUAUCUUGGAGGCCAUCAGCUUGCCCACCAAUGACAUCUCUCUCAUUCUGGCGGUGGAUUGGCUUGUAGACCGGACGUGCACUGUCCUGAAUGUGGAGGGCGAUGCCUUUGGCGCAGGGCUCCUGCAGGUGUAUGCGGAAAGGACCAUGGGCAAGGCGGACGAUGAUGACCUGGUGGAGGUCAAGGCGGAGGCUGUGGAUGCCAUCAAGGCAGUGGAGAUAGGGGAGGGGUCCCCGCUGAUUAAGAGAGAUGGUCCGGCCCUUGUGGAGAGCAGCAAUUCUUGCGAAAAGGAAUCUGUGAUGUAACUGACUUAACCAAAGGCUGGACAAUUUAGGAGAUUUUUUUUUUUUGUCUCCAAAAAAGAACUUUAGUAAGACAUAUAAUUUUGCUCCAUCUUUCAGGAUUUGAAUUUCCCGUAAGAAGGGAGAUUAGUUUAACGAUGGAGAGAUUUUCAACCAAGAAUCUGCUAAACACAGCCUUUUCCACCUUUGUUUUUUUUUCUUUAAACUUCAAGUGCUUUGUAAAUUUGGAAACUUCAACACAGCAAAUGCUGUAGGAUCAUCACUCCAUUUAUCCCAAGUCUUUGUCUGUAGUUCUGGUGCUGGUUGUGGAAGUUCAGCGACAAGAGAACGUACUCUGUGCCUACC